AUGAAUUGGGAUUCUCGUAUUUAUGUGAUGAUGAUAUUUUUGUCAAUUCAUUUGGGUUUGCUUGUUUUUUCUUUUAUUUUCAAAAAAUAUAUUAAAAGAUUUUCAUUAACAAUGCCAAAAGCUCCAAAGACAUCCAAGGCAAAGAAGAUUUAAAAGAAAGUAGCAGAUAGAAAGAAGAACCCACUCUUUGUUAAAGAGGCCAAAAACUUCAGAAUUGGAAAUGAUGUCCAACCAAAGAGAGAUUUAUCAAGAUAUGUCAGAUGGCCUCGUUACAUUCUUUUACACAGAUAAAAAAAGAUCUUAUUGCAAAGAAUCAAAGUGCCAGCAGCCAUUCAUUAAUUCAGCAAAACACUCGACAAAAAUCAAAGUUCAAAGGUCUAUGCUCUUUUGAAGAAAUAUGCCCCAGAAACCAAAACCGAAAAGAAAUAAAGAUUAGUCAAGGCUGCUGAAUCCAAGGCAUAAAACUAGAAGACAGAUAGCAAGAAAGUGACAGUCCUCAAAUUCGGAUUGAAUCAUGUUACUACUUUGGUUGAAACAAAGAAAGCCAAAUUGGUUUUGAUUGCUUAUGAUGUCGAUCCAAUCGAAUUAGUUGUUUGGCUCCCAUAAUUAUGUAGACGUUAAGAAGUCCCAUUUGCCUUUGUUAAAAACAAGGCCAGAUUGGGAGCAUUGGUCCACUAAAAGACUGCAACUUGCGUAGCAUUGACCGAUGUCAGAAAGGAAGACUAAGCAGAAUUCGACAACUUGGCUCGUGAUUUGAGAUAACACUAUAAUGAAAAUCAUGAAUUAUUGAGAACUAUCGGAGGUGGUUAAGUAGGAAUUAAAUCAAGACAUCAAUAAGAAGCUAUAAAGAAGGCAUUUGAAUUGGAAGAACUUAAGAAGACAAGUUAAUGAUCAAACAUAUCAAAAUAUAAUAUAAAAUAAGAGAAUUGUAAAUAACUAUUUCUAA